AUGCGAUUUUCGCGAUGCAAGAAACUCCAAGUUAGAGGAUUGAAAUACAUCAACAGCCAAAGGAACCACAUUUCGCUAAACGAGUGCGACUAUGCAAGAAUCUCGCGUCUCGACAUUAGAGCCCCUCAGACGAGCCCCAACACGGACGGAAUCGACAUAAGCGCCUCAACAAACCUCGAUGUUCUCAAUUGUGUCAUGGCAACCGACAUAACCUUCGUGGAAGCUAAUAACCCGGUUAUCAUCGACCAAUUCUACUGCCCUCACUUGAUAUGCAGCAAGAAAGCAUCAGCUGUCCAGGUCAGCGAUGUGACAUUCUCAGGGCUACACGGGACAUCGUCAUGCAAAAAUGCGACCGUUAACUUGAGCUGUAGUGAGACAGUUCCUUGCAAUAAUAUCGUGCUUGAUGACGUGGAUAUUGAGUCGGCUUUAGAUCAAAAUUCGGCAUCUGCGCACUGCGUUAAUGCCCACGGGCGGGCAAAUACUCAGAGCCCAGUUGUCAAUUGUCUGAAAAAAAACUUAGAAAGAUAA